AUGAGCAAGAUGAAGCGCCAUGCCAGGAAUCGGACGAAUCUGCGGUCGUCGACGAUCUUAAAGAUUGCAUUGUUGAUUGUUAUAUUUAUUCUGGGAGCCGCUUUAAUGUUCACCUCUCUGUCGAACCCACAAGUAUCAGGAAACAAAAAACUUCCAAUAUUGUCAACCAGGCUUGGAGGUCACAAAAAUAGGAUUGCAAUCAUCAUUCCGUUUGUUGGAGAAGGACCAGAAGCUGUUCCUCCAUAUCUAGAAUUGUUUUGUGCUUCAGCGGCUGGUUCAAGUGCUCUUGUAGAUUUUCUGCUGAUUCACAACGGGGUACUUGAUGGAUACCAUGGGGACAAGUGUCCGAAAAAUGUGAUAUUUAUUUCUCUCCAGACGAUGAAUGAUUUCUCAAGAGCGCUGAUCAAGGUUGUCGAUAAAGUGGAUGAAGGUGACAUCAAGUUUGGAAGUAAAGAGAAACUGGCAAAAGCUCUCACCAAGCUAAUUGAUGCGUAUCCAUACAUCAUGGUUGAGUUUAAGCCAGCUUUGGGUCAUAUUUUCUCAGAUUAUCUGAAGGGAUAUACGCACUGGGGGUAUUCCGAUCUAGAUAUUCUGUUUGGUGACCUUCCAAGAUUUAUCACGGAAGAUGAAUUGACAGAGUUUGAUAUCGUUACGUAUUCAUUCGGGGACCAAAGUAGACUGUAUUUGAGAGGCCAAUUUACAUUUCACAAAAAUAACCAAAAGAUCAAUCAGCUAUGGAGAUCUUGCACUUAUCUCACUCAUAUGGACGAGAGAUUCGUUGACAUCAUGUCGGGAAAUCGGCAGCUGCACUUUGAAUCGGCUGAAGGGUGCUAUUCCAACGCAAUCUUGCAACAGCCAGAUAUUAAGGUGAAGUAUGCUGUAAAGGCAUUUACAGAUGUUCGAGAAUCAGACACAAUGUAUACACAUGGACUAUAUGUGAGCACUGGAGGCAGGAAUGACGCCCACACGUUAGUCUUCAAAGCUGGAAGUGCGGAUUCCGAUGGAAAGUCGCUAGCACUGAUAGCGGAUAAAUGGUUUGACAUGCAAACGGACUACAAUGAUAGAAAGAAGCCUAUAGUUUGGGAAUAUGGAGAAAGAGAGCAAGUGGAACAUGUGGAGAAUCCUGAGGCAAAAUGCAUGUACUGGGCGCAACAGAAGUAUCAGUCGAAACUUUGCGUAGAUUCCUUAGAAUCUGAUGAAACCGUUUUCUGGAUCAACGGUGUUUUGUACAAACAGAAACAUGAAAAGAUGCAACUUCCUGGAAACAUCAUCACUGCUCCAUUCUUCCACUUUCAAGAAUGGAAGCGUUACUAUAGGACGACACAGCUCACUGGAUUUCACAGAGGUGGAGCCUUGAAAACAUUUGUCCUUACCAAGGAAGGAGUACUGCCUAUUUUCCCACACGAAUUUUCAAGAAAAGAUCCCCGACUACCUUCCCCGCUGGGAAUACCUCUGUUUAAAUGGAAUGGUGUCAAGAAAGACAAUCGAAAGCAACUUCCUGAUCACAGCUACUGUUUAGAAUCUGGUCCGCGCAAGAAACCUCCUACGCCUCCAGCUCCAAAAUGCCAUAAAAUGACGUCAUGGCGUGAUCAAGAGACCGUCGAGAUUCUUUCGGGUGCUCCAGCAUGGACACAGAUUGAUAUGCAAGCAGAGGUUACAAUGGUCCUGACGCUACAAAUUCAGGCGGAACAGGCUGCCGAUUCAAGCAAUUUAUCGCCUAUCCUGAACCUCCUUGCGAUGUAUCUUAAUCGCUGGCAAGGACAGCCAAGUGUUCUAGUCAUUCAUGUGUCUGCAGCAACUCCAGAAACGAUCUCAAAACUACGAGCCAAGCUCGGACCAGGAUCCGACCUCUCGUACUACGGAAUGGAUACCUGCCUUGUGGGGGCAAUUUUUAGCCGGGAAUCAAAGGUUUUUAGCCGAAAAGCGUUGCUUAAUAUGGCAUUCGAUGCUGCUCCAACGAGAUGGGUCCUGAGUGGAUUUGAAAUCGAACGAGGAAUUGCAAUCUCCCAGGAUACUGCUUUCUUUGCUCACCGCGUGGCUGUGUCACGCGACAUCUCAUCUGGAUCUGUGUUUAUAUUGCCCCAAUUUGGUGUGGUGAAUGAGGAAAAUGAUUUCACUAUUCCGUCUUUGUUCAAAACAAACAAAGGUGGCAACUUAGUAGAAACACUUGCGCAAAUCGAUCGCGAAAUAUGCAACGAUGGAGAAGACAAUAAGGAUGGCAAGGAUCACGCGUUUAUGGAGGUCCAUGAUCUAUGGAUGAGGUCGACGCAACGGCUUGUCGCAGGCGCAACGUCAUCAGAUGAAAAGUCGAUUGAAGACGAGGCCCUGAUGCUUGACGAGAUACAGCUGAAGAUGAUUAGCCUUUUGGCUGAAAAGAAUCAUUACGAUCUGUUUGCAUUUGAUGUGUCGCCUAUUCUUUUGAUCGACAAUCUUGGUCCCCGUACUGGGAUACUGACAUCUGAUUUUGUAAGAGAGGUAGAAGAGUUUGGAGGAAAGCUCUGCUACAAUGGUUUGCGGCUGUCACAACUUGCCACGUACGGUUACAGCAUCAAUGUUCUCGCUGGUGCAUUCGGAUUGUCAACGCCUACAACUAGGAGCUAUGCAGCUUCUGGAAUCCCAAAAAAGAGUUCUCUCGGCACAUCUCGGUGUGAUGGCUGCUUCUUUUUUGAUGAAGAGCACGAAGAGAUCCUGGAGUCCAUUUCAAAGGACGAACGAGCAAGACCGGCGAAAGCUGCCUUGCUGUGGUUACAUGAAGAAGAUGGGGCAAAGCUUCAUGGUCACACAUAG